AGUCUCUUACAGUAAAAGCCCAAUAUGGCAGAGAUGGCAGGUCUUGCACGGUAACUAAAGCAACAUCAACACUUUCUACAGCACCCGGGUCGAUUUCGCGCGACCGACUGCAGACAUGAGGGAAAGACAGAAGAAGAAAAAGGGGAGGACGUGGGCAGAGGCCGCCAAAACGGUGCUUGAGAAGUACCCCAACACACCGAUGAGUCAUAAAGAGAUCCUGCAAGUGAUUCAGAGAGAAAGGCUUAAGGAGAUAAGAAGUGGGACGUCACCUCUUGCCUGUCUCAAUGCCAUGCUUCAUACAAACUCACGUGGAGAGGAAGGGAUCUUCUACAAGGUCCCCGGCAGAAUGGGAGUCUAUACACUGAAGAAGGACAUUGGAGACGUGAUGAAGGAACUGUCAGACGAUGCUUCAGAGGACAGCAGUGAUAACAUGUCCGAUACCCGAUGCACAGAAAAUACCAGCACCACUACCUACAGCAAAGAUGGACGCAGAGGAAGGUGGAAGAGGAGAGUGCCAGCAAAACUGCAGUCUCAGCCGUCCUCCCCACAGUCUCGCUGUUCAUCUCCAUCAGUCUCAAGCAGCAAACUUAUAUCCCCAUCACAGAAGCACAGCAAGAAAGCCCUGAAACAGGCACUAAAACAGCAGCAGCAGAGGAAUCAACGACGCCAAUGUGGAAUCCCCAACACCUCUAGCCCACGACUGCUCCUCAACAAGGCUGCUAAAGACAUGGCUCACGACUCCUCCAAAUCCUCCUGGGAGCUGAAACAGACGGAGCGCUGCCCUGCCAGUCCACAGAACUCUACCUCCAGCUCGUCCUCCUCCAUCAAAGCAGAUACGUGCCACACGACUGGAUCCCGGAAGGUGUCUCAGCGCACCAGUAGGCUCAGUGCCAGACAACUGAGGCGUAACAAGUGUGAGAUAGAUGUUGAGACUCCAGAUUCUAUCCUUGUCAACACCAACCUGCGAGCGCUCAUCAACAAGCACACGUUCUCGAUGCUGCCUACCGAGUGUCAACAGAAGCUUCUUAAGAUGCUUCCAGAGGUUGACCAGCAGGCUAGUAUGGAUGGUGCACUGAAGGUGACCAGCUCUGCCUUGAACAAUGAGUUCUUUACAUCAGCAGCGCAGUCUUGGAAGGAGAGGCUGUCAGAGGGUGAGUUCACACCAGAGCUGAGACUAAGAAUGCGGCAAGAAAUCGAGAAGGAAAAGAAAGUGGAGCUUUGGAAGGAACAUUUCUUUGAGAGCUAUUACGGUGAACACUCUGGUCUGAGUAUAGAGGAAUCAAAAGAGCUGACAGAAGAUAGGAGUGUUCCUGAACCAGUUAAAAGCACGGCCUUAUCAGAAAAGCCAGAGACUGUUAAAGAGUCUCAGAGGGUAAGCCAGGUGACAGAGGUCAUCCACAUGGAGUUGAGAUCCAGAGAUGUGAAAUCAACAAUAACACAUGUCUCGCCUGAAGAGCCAGUCAAACCUCUUGUUCCAGAGCAAUCACGUUUAUCCUUAGACAUGAGGAAGGAUGCACAGGAAGAACUGAGUCAGGAGUCUUCUGUUCAAAAAGAAGUGGAGCCCAAAUCUGACAGUGAAAAAGAAAUGGAAAAUGAGAUCACAAGUAAGACCCCAGCAUCUCCUUUAGAAGAAGUGUUCACCUGUUUGAAAGGAAAUGAGACACACACCCUUAAAGAUGAAAGUCCUGUCGGUGAGCCUGGACAAACUGUGAUGGGAAGAAACAAGGCUGCAUCUCCAGUAACUGCUGUCACAUCUGAGCCUCUAAAAAGAAAGGUCUCUAGUGAACAGGAUACAGAGCUCAGAACAGAGAAAAAGCCCCGUGUCGCUUCACCAGAGAAGUCAUCCACAGUGACUGCUAAAGACAAAGCAGAACAAAGAGUACCUCCUCUCAAAAUCCCAGUGUCAAGAAUUUUCUCUGCCCCAGCAUCUACUGAGCAGGUAUCUCCAAAGACUCCGGUUCCUGUUCCAUUGACACCCCCUAGUAUUCGACCUGGUCGCACCGGUGCACGCACUCUCGCUGACAUCAAGGCAAAAGCCCAGUUAGCACGUGCACAGCGUGCUGCAGCAGCAGCAGCCGGGUCAUCUUCCUCUAUGGGAACCAGUUCAGUUGGUGGUACCUCGACACCCUCUCCAGCUCGGUCCCUGUCAGAAGAUUUUUCACCAGCAAGCAGCAGAAGUCAAUCUGUGUCACCUAUAAAGCUAAGCUCUGGAUCUCCAGCUCCUGAAGGCACAGCGACUCUCUCACAAACCUCUCCGUCCUCAGGUUCCACUGGACACGCGGACCCUGGUCUUGCACAAGCCUUCAGCGCAAGCCAGGGUUUUUUAAAAGAUAAUCGCUCUUCGAUGGGGUUGCAAACCACUCAGUGUACAUUUAACACAACGGGCAAGGAUCAGCAUAACCUCCACAAUCCAGGGGGGACACUAGCACCUUCAAGUCAGGCAGGAAACGUGACUGUCUCGAACACAAUUGCACAAACCCAGAGACCACAGCAAUCACUUUUUUCAGGAACGUCAGUCACCAAGCCUAGCUCUUCAAUCCCAGCAAAUAAUCCACUGGUCACCCAGCUUCUUCAAGGUAAAGAGGUUCCCUUAGAAAAGAUCCUCCCAAAGCCACUAGCCAAGGUGGAGGUUCAAUCUGUGGCCAUUUCUUCCAGAGAUAAAGGGAAUCUUGGUUCCACCAAAACAGAUUGCUCUACAAACCAAGAAGAUGCCAACAAACUUGGGAACCAAGUUCCUUUUGGCAUGCAAUUCAGAAGUGUGGACAAGUUGGUAAAUGUUGGUACUCAGGACCAGACGCUCCAUCCACUACGGCACAAAUGCGAGCAGAACACCAGCUCCAACUCCCAAUUCCAGUCCUGUCAGUUAGGUCACCUUGAGGUUAGCCAUGACCAGAAUAUCCAUCUAGGCAUCUUUGGACGGAAAAGGGUAUCCAAACCAGCUAUGACAGGUCACUACCUCCUCAAUGUGUCCACAUAUGGUAGAGGAUCCGAGAGCAAACGGCCCCACCUAAGUACUAAUACAAGCUCUGCCCUCGUCCACCUGAAGAAGGAGAAAAUCGAAGCCGAGGAGAGUGUGAAAGGGAAGCUGGAAUCUCUUAACAUUCACCCAAAUUUCCCAAGGGUCAAAGUGGAACAGCAGGGAUGUGUCAUAAAUAAACCAGAUGAUGGUUUGCCACCCCAACCCUGCUCUGAUAUAAAGUCUGAAUCUCCAUCACGGAGUUGUUUGUCCAGCAAAGACGAAGGCAGCACUUCUUAUAGAACCAAAGAAACAGGCUCAAGAUCGCAGCUUGAUAUGUGCAACAGUAUACAGGGUAAAACAGAGCCAUAUCAGUUAGGUGACUGUCACCAACGCACGUUCUUGUCUCAGAAAGCCCAUAAUGGACCUCAGUAUGGUGGCACUAUCAGCAUGUCUGUCCCUCACGUACUGAACCACAGCAUGCCUGACACUCCAACUUCUCCCACCGUUUCCUGCAGCGGUGAUGGUGAAACGGCUGCUGGAGGCAUGAUGUCUUUUUCAGUCACCGUCACUGCCAUACCUGCCGGUCACCUACUGGAUCAGAACAGUCAGGGCGAGACCUCACCUGAGCAAGCCUUCAUAGAAACCUCUGGGAUGGAGGACGUCCAAUCAAAGUGCUACUGUCGGCUGAAGGCCAUGAUUAUGUGCAAAGGAUGUGGCGCAUUCUGUCAUGACGACUGCAUUGGUCCAUCCAAACUAUGUGUCUCGUGUUUGGUGGUACGGUAAUGGUCAUGGUCAUGAGCAUAAACUGCGACUUGUUCAUUCAAAAAGAAGCGAUCACUGCGGUGAGAGUAACAGAAAUGUUACGACAGUACAGCAGCGUUCACGUAUCCGUUCUCAUUUGAGAGGCAAGCUUUUGUGCUGUAUGGGGGGAAUUCGCUAAGAAUGAAUUGCGCCUGAUUAUAGUGCGGUUUAUUUGCACGUACCUUCUGCUUCGUUUUAGCGGAUGAUACAGGAGUUAUGCAAAUCAGGUAAAAAUGACCAGCAAAUCCGUUCUGAAUACUUAGUUGUGACGAAUGCAGCAGACUACCUUUAUCUGGCGUGCUUUACUAGGACUGUUCGGUAUUGCCGCACUAAUGCAAUCCAAACUCUGAAUCUGCUUUUUAAAGUGCAGAAAGUGCUCGACUAUACUGUAAGUCUGGAUAUGUGCUAGUGCUGUCAAACGAUUAAUUGCAAUUAGUUGCAUAAACCUUUUGCAUAAACAGUGUACUGUUUAUAUUUAUUAUGCAUAUAUAUAAAUACAAACACAUGCGCAUAUAUUUAAGAAAAAUGUUUGUUAUAUAUAUAUAUAUAAUAAUAUAAACAUAUGUACAUUGUAUGUAUUUAUAUAUAAGUAAUAAAUAAACAGCACACAUGCAUAUAUUAUGUAAACAAAAACUUUUAUUUUGGAUGCGAUUAAUCGUUUGAAAGCACUAAUAUGUACCCAUUCUUUUGUCAAUCAUUUGCGUUUCAGCGCUUUAAUCGCCUGGUUAAACUGGAUUGUGGAUGCUAAUGAAAACGCGGCAGGCUUUUGCGCUGAAAUGCUGCGCGCAACUAUUUAGUGAAUUCGCUCCUUUGUUUAUCUUUACAGCACAAACAAAUAACACGUUAGAAGAUGAGGUAUAAAAAAAAAACGUGCAAUGCCGAGUAGUACUUCCUCUCAUUCAUUGAGCACCUUGUUUUAGACUCAAGACUCAAUAUUAAAUAGUGGCAAUAUUUAAGGCUUGUUCUAUUUCUGUUCUAUUUUUGUAAUAUAAUUUUAGAAAUCGAAAAUUAAUAUACUACUAUUUUUGUAGAUGUCGAAAAUCACGAUUCCCCUCCAACCCUUCAAAUUUCGGAUCUUGUACGCAUUAUUCACACUAGUGUGCUGGAUUAAAAACCGAUACCGUUAACUUUUAGUCUUCGCAGUUCCCGCGAAGCUAUUUGUUUGGUUGGUUUAAGCCUUUGUGACACAAGCAAAGAACCACACAACUGAAAUACCAAUUACUGCAGAAUUACUGUGAAUAUGUAAACCUAAUACAUUCACCUGCCUUGUUACUAGGUUUAUACGGUACUGUUCAAAGUUAUUUAUGGGAUAGAAGGGAGUUUUGUCAAAUGUUAACAGGCUAGCACUUCUCGUAGAUCAGUGGGGUUUUACAUGAAAGAAGAAUGUAAGAACAGGUUUGUACUGAUAAUGGCAAUAAUUUGUAUAUGUACAAUAUUUAUAAAAUUAAGAGCAUUAGUCCCUUACAUCUCAUUUACUUCCAAAAAAAAAAAAAAAAAAAAGAGGAUUUAUUAGGGUUGCACUUUUUUAUGUUGUUAGAAAAAGACUUUGCUCUUAAAAAGAUGAUUUGUAAGAAUUAAAGCACUUCUUAAACAAUCUAAUGUACCCUCUCAGGAGCAAAACCAGGUCUUAAUCAUUUCAAUAGCCUGUGUCGAAUCAUUUGAGUUGUUUUACGUCACACAAGUGACGUCGCCUCUAAUUGGAAUAGCGGAUACUCUUGCGUAACCUAGUUUUUAGGGACAGGAAUAUAAUUCCGAGUAUCAACAGCAAAGAUACAUGAGCAAUGAAGUUAAACACUCAGAAGGGAGAUUUUAUGAAGAUUUUUUUUUUGUCUUUUUUUAUUACUAUUGUAAAUACUGACUUUCUUUUUAGAUGUACAAACAUUUCUACAAAGCAUCUUGCCUAAUCAUAUCCGAUUGUCUCUGAUAACUAAAGGUUUUUAUUUGUAAAAUACUGUCCAGCACUUCAUAAUUUUAAUCAUGUUAUAACAUUAAAUGUCGUGGCUCGGUUUCAGUCGAAACAAUUCUGCAUAACAGAUACAUUUUGAUACCAACAGUUCUAUGUAUGUUAGAGAAAACUUUGAAUUAGGCUUUUUUUUUUUUUUUUUUUUUUUUUUUUUUAAUCACCUGCCUCCCAGGCAAUAGAAAUGUAAAAGAACUUUAGAUAGCAUUUGGUAAUAUGCCAAAGUCAAUUUAUGGGGACUAGAUAAUCAGAUUUUGUUUUUAAUGUCUUGUCUAGCUAAGAAAAGUAAUAUAUUUUAAGUAAUAUAUUUUAAUAAAAAGAAGUCUAUUUACAAAUCAUUUUACAAAAUGUUUAAGAAACAGGGUAUUUACUAUAUCUUUAUAUUGGCUGUCUCAUUUUGGUAUACCUGUGUCUAAGGUGUAACAAACUUUUUACACAAUUUUUUCGUACCAGGGCCCUUGUGAUCUGUUGAUAUUAUUGUGUGGCUAGUUUUGCCUGCGAUGAAUUGAUGUGUCCUCACGGUGCAUUAUUAAUUGACUAAUAAUAUCUGUGUGAAACUUGCAGCUCACUUUACUGAUUUUUUUUUUUACAGAAGAAAUCCAUCAGGUUUAUAGUGUUUGUGUUGUAUGAAUAAAAAUUACUAGCGUGGUGGUUGGGUCGUGCUGAAUGUCUUCGGGUGUGAGGUUGUUUCAAGGUAACUGGCUUUCAUUUACAUAUAUAUAUAUAUAUAUAUAUAUAUAUAUAUAUACAUACAUAUGCAGCAUUUAAACAUACAAGAGACUCAUAGAUUAUAACUGUGAUACCUCCAUUGUACUUUAUAUCAGGCCUUAGAACUGAUUUGAAUAAAAACAAUCAAAAAAACAAAAACAAAAAUGAUGUUUGUGUUAACUUCCGGUUCUUGAAAAUGUUUUAAUUUGUCGGAGCUAAACGGCAGCUUUUGACUGUCGUUGGUUAUUUACCGCUUUCUUUACCUUUUGAUAGAGUUGCAACGCAUGACUUACCACUGCCUCUGUCGCCAACCUUAUAUGCCUGUGACAUUUUACGAAACACUUGGGUUUUUAAUCGAGGCGGCGCUUUCCCCUGCAGAACCCUGAAAUGAUUCGGCUCUCAGUGCAGGAGGUGUUGGUGUACCAGAACUUAGAGUGGCUUCCACAACGUGUGUCAUUUUAUGUUUAAAACGUCAAAUAUUUUAUGUAAAAUAAAGGUGAAUGUAAUAUAGUAAUUGUAAUCAGCACUUGUAAGCAAAGUGUAUUUUAUCAAGAAACAAUAUGAAUAAAAUGCAGUAAAACAUU